UAUGUACAUAAAUCAACACUAGGGCUAAGUGAAGUCUGGUAACGCGUUGUGUGACGUCACGUUCAAGGUCCACAAUCCAGUGUUUGAGGCCCCCCAGCAUCAUCCCCUCUUCAAAUGCUCCCAGGCAAGCCGAGCUUCACGGCACCGCAAUUUUUUUGAUGUAUUUGAGAUUUCAUGCAUUACUCUGCAUUUGGGGAUCUCAGGUCUUGACACCACCUUGAAGAGAGAAUAAUGAGCCGCGUGGACGGUUUGAGCGCCAACUCCUCUCAGUUCACUCUGGGGGGGGAGCCCUUCCGCAUCCUGGGGGGCUCCAUCCACUACUUCCGUGUCCCCCGAGCCUACUGGGAGGACCGGCUGCUGAAGAUGAAGGCCUGUGGUCUCAACACCCUCACCACAUAUGUGCCGUGGAAUCUGCAUGAGCCUCAGAGAGGAACCUUCAACUUUCAGGAUCAGCUGGACCUAAAGGCCUACGUCACUUUAGCAGCCCAGGUGGGUCUGUGGGUGAUCCUGCGUCCUGGACCUUACAUCUGCGCUGAAUGGGACUUGGGCGGGUUGCCUAGCUGGUUGUUGCAGGAUACAGGUAUGCAGUUGAGGACGACUUAUCCUGGGUUUGUAGAUGCUGACAAUCUCUACUUUGACCAGCUUGUCUCAGUUAUCAAACCUCUGAUGUUUCAAGAGGGAGGCCCCGUCAUCGCAGUUCAAGUCGAGAAUGAGUACGGUUCAUAUGCCAAAGAUGAGAAAUACAUGCCACUGAUACAGAAUUUUCUCCGGUCCAGAGGGAUCAGAGAGCUUCUGCUGACUUCCGACAACUGGGAGGGCCUGAGAUACGCAGGGAUGGAGGGAGUUCUAAAAACGAUAAACCUUCAGAGACUGUCAUUCGGAGCCAUCCAGCACUUAGCUGACAUGCAGCCACAGAAACCUGUAAUGGUGAUGGAGUAUUGGUCGGGCUGGUUUGACGUCUGGGGGGAACGUCACCACGUGUUCCACUCUGAGGACAUGCUGCCUGUUGUGUCGGAGCUCCUGAAGAGAGGCGUCUCCGUCAAUCUGUACAUGUUUCAUGGGGGAAGCAGCUUUGGCUUCAUGAAUGGAGCAAUGGACGUUGGCACCUACAAACCUCAGGUCACCAGUUAUGAUUACGACGCUCCGCUUUCUGAGGCUGGAGAUUGCACCCGGAAAUAUCAACUCUUGAGGAAUUUACUCAGCCAGUUCCACGCGGAGCCUCUUCCCGUGGAGCCCGCUCUCGGGAAGAGGAGAGCAUACGAGCCUGCAGCCAUCCGGGGGUACCUGUCACUGUGGGACAGCCUGCACUUCACCGACAAGCCCUGCAGGUCAGAGAGGCCGGUGAACAUGGAGAACCUCGACGUCCGCGGUGACAGCGGUCAGUCAUAUGGUUACACGCUGUAUGAAACCACCAUCACCGGCGGAGGAACCCUCAACUCCAGGAACAACAUCAGAGACAGAACACUGGUUUUCGUGGACAGACACCGCGUAGGCUGUUUGGACAUUAGGACUCGUGAGCUGGCGCUGCCUGAUGGGCCGGGAGAGGUCACCUUGAGCCUGCUUGUGGAGAACUGUGGAAGAGUGAAUUAUGGAAAAGCUCUCGAUGAACAGCGCAAAGGCAUUGUGGGAGACAUUCUGUUGAAUCACACCCCCCUGACAGGAUUCACCAUCUUCUGUUUGGAUAUGAAGCCAGACUUUAUGAACAGAUUAAUGCAUUCAGGUCAGUGGAAGUCUGAUUUCAAGUCGCCAUCCAUUCCGGGAUUUUUUCAGGCCAGGCUGCAUGUAGAUGGUCCUCCCAGAGACACCUUCAUCAGACUCCCUGGUUGGGGUAAAGGAGUCGUGUUUGUCAAUGGGCAGAACCUCGGACGUCAUUGGUGCAUUGGUCCUCAGCUCUUCCUUUAUCUCCCAGGGCCGUGGCUCAGAAGCGGAGAGAACGAGAUCAUUGUUUUUGAGGAACAACAAGUGGAUGACAAAAUACGGUUUGCUGAAAAUCCCGAUCAUGGACGGACAGUUGAUGUUUACAAACUCCCCUUUUGCACACUGCUGUGAAGAUUAUGUCAGCAACGACACAGGCAGUUUGAUGCACACGCAUUGGGUUCAUUGGUACUCUUAGAUACUGUCAUAUUAUUAAAGGCAAUCAAUUCACUAAUCAUAUUUUAAAAAUGUGACAUGUUGUCAUUAAUGCAAUUUAUUUGGUUGCUUUCAGGAAUGCAACAGAAUUGUUAAAUAAACGGUUUCUGAUUCUG